AUGGAGGGUUUGAUGAGGAGAGAAGGUGGAGUGUUGGUUGCGUUGGUGGUAAUGGUGGGGAUGCUAACAUGCGCAGUGUGCAAAGCGCCGGAGCUUCACAAGGUCGGAGGAAAAGAAGAUUUCGGAUUUGACAAGCGCUACUACAAUGUGCUGGAGGUGAACAAAACAAACUAUGAGCAGUGCAAUGACCAUGAUUUCAUAACAAACAUUACGAGGGGCGGGCGAGAUGUGUUUAAUCUAACUGAGGCAAAGCCUUAUUACUUCAUCAGCAGUGGAGGUUACUGCUUUCAUGGAAUGAAAUUGACUGUCGAGGCUGAAGAUUUCGUGCCUUCUCCUGAACCUUCCCCAGCCAAAAUCCUUUCAACUGCAAAUGCUUACAGCCUGCCUAUCUUUCCAAUUUUGCUUGCCAUCGGUUCAGUAUGUGCCUUCCUCUUGAAACUACACUAA